AUCGAAUUUUUUGUCAAUGAUUUAAGCAAACCUGGAGCCUCGACAUUUGAAAGUCUUGGAGGGUUCGAGUACAGCCAAAAUGGUAGAAUACAUUUAGAAUGUGAAGCAACUGAAGAUGUUCGUAAAAUUCCAACAGAUGGGCUAGUAUUGCGUGGGUGGUAUACAACAAUAACACUGGCUGUAUAUGGGUGUGUCACCAAAAAUAUUGCAGAAACUAUUCCACCGACACCAGUUUCUGGUGCUCAGAGCUCUGUUAACCCAGUCAUGCAGAUACAUCCUGAAACAGAACAUCAACAGCAACAGGCAAUUACUCCCAUUCAAAAUACUGAGUGGCAGCAACAGGAAAUGCCUUCAAUGAUGCAAAUAGAUAAUUAUAUUGAUGGUCAAGCCUCUACUGAUGUUUAUAAUACACCAGGAUAUAAUGAAAGUUAUGAGAGUCAAGCCUACACUAAUAAUUAUUAUGAUCCGAAUGUUCCUAAAGAUCCUAGAACAUUUCAGCAUGAUGAAAAUGAAGAUUGGCAAAAUACAAGAGAUAAAACUACAACUAAUGUUACACCAUUAUCAGAACAACAUGAGAUUGAGAUAUCAAGAACUCAUCGAAGAUCGACCUCAAGUGAUGGAAAUUGUGAUAGGAAACAAAGUGCUGGUUAUUCACGAUCACCAAGUCGCGACCGAGACUAUAAAAAGCUUGAUUAUAGAUCUAGAUCACCAAGUACGGAAUAUAGGUCUAACUAUAGCCAUAAAAGAGAUCAUAGAUCUCGAGAUUCAUCUUAUGAUAAUGAUCGAAGUUAUAAUCGUUGCCGAGAUACGAGUUACGACCGAGAUGAAGUUAAAGCUAAACGUCCCAGAACACCUCCAAUGGAAAGACCAAGAACACCAGAAGAAUUGGAUAUCAAGUUAUCACCUGUCGACUCCUUACAAUCUGAAGAUGAAAAAUUGCCAGAGUAUGAUUCCAAAUAUAAUUUAAGUAAAGGCAAAAACCAUCCAAUACUUGAUGAUAAAAAGAUAGAGAGAAUAAAAGUUAUAAGUCCGCGAUCAAUGAAUAAUACACCCGGUACACCAUUGGAAUCUCCAGCCGAUGAGGGUUUGUCUGUAGACGAAGAACAGUUUGAACCAAUUCUAAGUGAUGAAGAUAUUGCUGAUGAAAAUGAUAGCCAAUUUGCUGACGAUUACGACUACAUGGAAUACUUAAAUAAUGAUGAUAUUGUUAAAUUAUUUGAUCCGUUUAAUAUGGAACUAAUUAAAUAUAAGAAGGAAGCAGAUAAUGAAGUAUCAGAAAAUUUAUUGACCUUGUGUCAUAUUUUAAAAGAAAAUAUGAACAUUUGUUCAGUAGAAUCUUUUAAACUAUUAACAACAGAUUUGAAAGAAGCCUGGAUUGAAGUUUUAGAACAAUUACCUAGUUUGCUUAAUACCAUUUCCUCAAAGGAAAUAUUAUCAAUUGAUAAAGAUAUUCUUGAUCUUUUGAUCUGUUGGUUAGAUAUCAGUUUGCAAUUUGAUUUGGCCUUAUCCAAUCAGCAGCCUGGUUUUAAAAUCCGACACAUUAAAUGCGGAAUAAGAGUAUGUGAAAGUUUCUGUAUGCAUCAUGAUGUAUUCAAAACAGUUUUAUCCAGAAAACAUAAUGUAAUAAAAUCUUUGUUGGAUCUUUAUUUCAAAGAUUACAUGUCAUUGUCAAUUAAAUUAAUGAUUAUCAAAGCUUUGGACAUGCUGCUAAGCAAUGCAAAAACUGUAGAAUAUUUUCUCGAAAAUGAAGAUCUUCAGAUUGUAGAUGAGUCUAAGAAUAUACUCACAGGCAACGGUUAUAAAAUAUUGUUGUCCAUGUUGCAGAAAAAUCCAUUGUCUCGAAUUAAAUUUGCAAUAAAAUCUUUAUUAAGAAAAUUGCAUAUAUUUGAAGUAUUGAAAAAGCUGAAACGAACUAUAGAAUUAGUGGCACAAUGUCUGAAUGAUAUUAAAGAUGUUUAUGUCAAAAAUCUCUCUUUGGCACAACCUAGAAGAUUUUUACCUGUUAAUUCGCAGUUUGAUACAUCAUACGAAGCAUAUGAUCGCACUGCCUUGUUUGACUUUUUUGGUGCACAUAAAACAUUAGAAUGCAUUUCGUUGAUUUUUAACCAUCCAGCAGCAGCAAAUAUAUCAAUUUUAAUUUCUCCAAUUAUUGAACUAUUAACAGUUAUAUGCAAGAACUAUGAUGGUUUAGUAUUUUUAAGUGAAAAUUUGGCCAUUGUUAAUGUGUUAGUACGAAGUUUAUUACAGACGCAUUGCGAAGAGGAAUUAGUAGAUGUUAGGUCUCAGAAUUUAGGACUAGAAAUAUCAUAUAAACUACAGACUUUGUAUCACAUGGAGUACUUGUCUGAUAUUUAUAAGCAAAAUAAUGAAUUUGUAGAUCAGCUCCAUUAUCUUUUCUGUUUGUGUCUAAAUUCUACAGGAAGAGUACAUGUUUCUGAUGUUUUGGCAAUGAGUAAUCACAUUAAAGUACUCCUUAGCAUAUUUAUGACGGAAAAGCCUGAAUCAAAGUAUAGAGAUGAGACCGGGAUUAAAUUAAAAUCAACUGCACUAGGUUAUGCAGUAGACCUAAUUGAUAUUGUGGUAAAAAAUGUUUCUGAUGUUUCUUAUCUGAAAAAAUAUGGCAAAAAAAUUUUGGAAUUGACUAGACAACAUGAAUACUAUGAAACAAGUGUGGCAUCUAAAUUACAAGAAAUUUUAGUAUAUGUAUCACCUAUUGAUAGAGGCAAUAUUUUUAAUUGUGAUGAUAUAUCGGGGUUAUGUGAGUUUUUGAAGAAAUGUGUUGACACAGCAACUGCUUUCCCUGGUGAUUUAAUCACAUGUGUUCGUGUUCUAAAAUUCCUAGCAAUCUCAGAAAAAGAUGGAUUUCAAAGCAAACCAGACCACAUUGAACUUAAAUAUAAACAUGUGACCUUGCAGUUAUAUUCUGGUGAUGGAGUUAGCAGCUUAGUUCAAAUUCUAGAAAAAAUUUGUUCGCAUUUUGCACAACCCGGACUACACACUUCCAACUUGGUGUCAAACCAAGGCUUAUUAGCGGCUCAAAUUAUAUAUCCAUCAUGUCAACUUUUAAGAAAAAUGCUUAGUUAUGUAAUAGCUUGUCGGGAUAACAUGUUCAAAGAUUUGACCGCAAUUAGUACUUUGCUUAAAGUAUAUAAUCUUAUGUAUAAUUACCCAAUGAAUUGUCCAGCUUGGUCAAUGUCCAGAAAAAUUUUAGAAGAAGUUGUUAACACCUUAUUGGCAUAUACACAACCCAUAUCUUUAGAAAUGAAUGAUACAGAAUCUUUACAGAAAAGCUUAUGGAGCUUAUUAAUUGGGGAAAUUUUAAAAUUCACAAUGGACGGCCCUAGUUGUUUCAUACCAGGUUUAAUGGUAUUAUCAGAAAUGCUACCUCUACCACUACCUUUAAUGACUAAACAAUAUAUAAAUGAUGAUGAAAUUAAUACAAUAUUGACAUAUAGAAAACUGUGGUCAGCACAUUUACAUUGUCAGCAAACUGCUCUAAUGGAAAUGAUACAAACCUUAUGCCAAUCUAGCUUCCAACCUCUCAAUUACAUUUUGCGUAAAGUUUGUUUACAGAUUGCUGAUCUUGCGCCUAAUAUGGCAGUAUUAGUUUCCAAAGCUUUAAUUGAUCUGUUACUAGAAGAGUCAAUAACAAUUCCAUUGAAUCAAAAUGCAUCAAGGUUACUUUAUUUCUUUGCAUGCCUUUUGUCACAUGGAAGUAUUAAAAUAUCAGUGGUUUCUUCCAUCACAAGUAGUUUUGUUACAUUUUUGUGUACAGUGCUUAGGACAGCGAAUGACUCAGCUACACAUUUGCAAGGACAAGAUUAUGUGCUCAAUAUUAUCCAAAGUAUUUUUGAUACAGAAAUUAAACUUGUGAGUUUUGAUGGUGAUUUAGAUCAGUUUUUGGCAAAUGUCAUUCCUAGUAAAGACAUUUUUAUUGCUUUGAUAACAGGAGUGUUAGAAAAUGUUAUCCAAGUGAAUUCUUUAUCAUGUUUGCCAGCUGUAAUACGGAUAUUGAGUCUUAUAGCUGAACAUAAUUAUGGAUUUUAUUAUAUGAAACAAUUUUUACUGAAGAAACCGUUAGUUGUGCUAACAAUAUUCCAAAGGAUUUUAGAUCUUUUUAAAACUAAUUCAGACUGUUUAACGUUGUUAAGUACUUUACUAGAAUUUUUACAGUAUAUAUCAGUGUCUGAAGAAAUAGAUAGCAUUUUACCAAGACGGACUUCUAUUUUAUCCCACCAGGAUCUAAUUACAGCGGUAGCUUGGGAAGAUAACAAAGAACAUCCAAUCCAACUUUUGGACAAAAUGCUUCAUGAAUCAUUGCAAGAGGGCAAUGAAGAAAUUUAUAGCAGAGUUAAGGAGAAUUUGAAAAAAUUUCUGAGUAUCUUAGAAAAAUCAAGUGAGAAUUCAGAUAACAAUGCAGAGUUACUAAUAGAACCUUCAUUGCCAGAGCCUUUGAAUCUUAUAACACAAUUUAAUAAAAGAAUUGUACAUGUUGGUGAAGUAAAUGAAGAUAAGUUGACUUCAUCAUAUUGGUUUAAUAUGUCUAAUUGUGAUGAAGAACAAGAAAUGGAUCAGACAACAUGUGAUCUUUCUGAGAUUGUUCGAACUUUGCUUCCUUCUGAAACCAAUAUUAUAUCUGAUGUUAAAAAACUACUUCGGUUGUCCAGCGAUGGGAAUGAAAGGGAUGAUGAUGGUACAGAUAGUAUUAUUAAUAACAGUAAUUCUAGUGCCAGACCAAUGUUCCGCACAAUGAAGAUGGAUGUAAAUAAGGAGAAUAAUCGAAUGCCAUUUGUUGCUCCAAUGCGCGGCCGCGGCGGUUAUAUGGGAAGAGGUCUGCAUGGUGCAAGUGGUGGGCAUCAUGCCAUGCAUGCCGGCUCUCCUGGUGGAGUUGCAUCUGGACAUCAUACCGUUUUGGACGCAUUCAGAUCUAGGCCGCCAAACACUUCUCGACCUCCUUCUCUUCAUGUUGAUGAUUUUCAGGCAUUAGAAACGCGUGGAGCUCAGCCAACAGGUCCAACUGGCUAUAAUAGAAUUCCUAGAGACUUACUGGGCACUCGUCCAGCACAGCAUUUACCUCCUUAUCGCCAUAGCAAUCGUGGACGCGUAACAUCCUGGCCUUCACCACAUCAUGGGGGUUCUGUAGCAAUAAGUGAUUAUCAUCAUGACCCAGCCUAUUCUGCCGAUCACUUUGGUUCACCAAAUGGAACGGGCAAUGGUACGGUCGUUGGCAGACAACAUAGGGGGGCUCAUCCUCGAGCAAUAGGACAACAGAGAUCUUUCAUGAGAUAGCACAUGCAGGAACAAUCUCAACCUCUAUCGACUGAAGAUAUUGAAAAUACAUUAGAAUUGAAACCUAGUGUAUGAUGUGAUCCAGCAAGCCAUUAAUAAUUUUUUGGAGUCAACUAGUGUUUAGUUAAUAGCAAUGUGUUCCAUGAUACAAAUUAAUAAUAUAUAACAACUUUUUCUUGUGACCUCAUGGUGCGAAUCGAUAUUAUUUUUUAUGGUUGAA